AUGGCUUAUAAGUGUAAUUUGUGUCUGCUGGGACUGAUCAUUCUCUCUUCACUUCUCACAGGUUCCAGUAGAGUGAAUGAGACUCAUGUGUUCAUCAGUUCUGGUGAAAAUGUCCGUCUGCUCUGUAAUAAUGCUCUUCCUCACCGCAAAUCAACUACAUGGAACUAUAACAGAUUCAGAAAUUUAGCAGCAGUUGAACUGAUUGCUGGAGGUAUAAAGAAGAAAGACAUUGAGAGUCAUGAGAGACUGAGUCUGGGGUCUGACUGCUCUCUGAACAUCAAGCACAUCACAAAAGAAGAUUAUGGACUUUACACCUGCCGACAGUUUGUGAAUGGACAAAAACUAGGAACUGAUGCACGUGCUAAUCUGCAUGUUCUUCAUGUCUCUCCGUCAUCAUCCUCAUCCUCACAGACUGAGAUCAGUGCAGGCCACUCUGUGACUCUCUCCUGUCAGUUGUAUUUAUGUUCAUUUGCUGGAGUCUAUUGUGAUGAUUGGAUCCGUUCUGAGGGAAUUGAGCUGUUCUGGGUGAAUCAAGAUAGUGUUAAACUGAUGAGAUCAGACUCUAGAUAUCAGAUAUUAUCCUCAUCAGGAAACUGUAUCAUCACUCUGAAUACAACACUCCUGAAUGAAGAUGACAACCGAGAGUGGAGAUGCAAUGUUACUCGGAGAGAUCAAGUCAAGACCUCAGCCACAUACACUGUCAAGAGUUCAGGUGAGAAAAAUCUCAUCAGUCAGUUUUAG